AUGAGUGAUAGCGAUAGUUCUAAGGCCUAUCCUUUGGCUCCUUCGGAGUUGACCACGCGUAUCUUAGACCUUGUGCAACAAGCUUCCAACUAUCGUCAGUUGAAGAAGGGCGCCAAUGAAGCUACCAAGACUCUGAACCGAGGAAAAUCUUCUUUCAUUGUCAUGGCAGCAGACGCGGAGCCGCUGGAGAUUGUGCUGCACAUUCCCUUGCUGUGUGAGGAUAAGAACGUUCCUUAUGUGUUUGUUCCUUCCAAGAUCGCUCUGGGACGUGCUUGCGGCGUUACGCGUUCUGUGGUAGCCUGCUCGAUUGUGUCUGACGAGAAUUCGCAGUUAAAGGAUGCGAUCAAUAAUAUGAAGGUUGACAUCGAGAAGUUGUUGAUCUGA